AUGUCCAGAACUGGUUUCUCGGUGCGGGAUCUCUUGGACUUGCCUGAGUCCGAGUCCAGUCCAAACUGGACCUCCAGAAACUCCAGGACAGGGCCAGGGCAGAGCCGAGGAGACGAGCCCAGACACGAGACCCCAAAGGCGGACACGCUUCAGACAAACAGCCCCUGGACCCAUGGAGCUCCAGAAAUGCACUUCACAGUGCGCGCGCUCCCCGUGAAGCCGGCGCAGGACCAGGCCCCGGUAGUCUCGUGCGCUCAGGGUGGUCACGCGCCCAAAGGCCGCGGGAGAAAGCGGCGUGUGCUGUUCUCCAAAGCGCAGACGUUUGAGCUGGAGCGGCGCUUCAAACAGCAGCGGUACCUGUCCGCCCCGGAGCGCGAGCACCUGGCGGGACUCAUCCACCUGACCCCGAACCAGGUCAAAAUCUGGUUCCAGAACCAUCGCUACAAACUCAAGCGCGCGCGCGCAGAGCGCGGCCUCGAAGCGCUACAGCUACUGCCCGUACGCCGCCUGCACGUGCCGCUGCUCAAGCCCUGUGAGCGCGUGCUGCCGCUGUGCGUCUCCGCGCUGCUGCCGCACGAGCCGCACGCUCUGCAGCCGCUCACGCACCUGUACCACUGGAGCUGGUGA